GAUUGGCGGCGGCGGAGGGCGGAGGCCCCACGAGGAAGUUUGCAGUCGCUGCAGCGCCCGACUUCAGCGCUGGCUCCGCUGUUCGCCUCGCGCUCUGGCAACCGGGCGAGCGGCGCCUGUGGCUAUAACGACCAUGAGCAGCAAGUACGACGUGGUGGUCGUCGGAGGAGGCAUCUCAGGUAUGUCAGCAGCCAAGUUGUUAUCUGAAUCUGGACUUAGUGUUGUGGUUUUAGAAGCUCGUGAUAGAGUUGGAGGUCGAACAUUCACAGUAAGAAAUGAGCAUGUGAGCUACGUUGAUGUUGGUGGAGCCUAUGUAGGACCUACUCAGAAUGGAAUUCUGCGACUGGCUAAAGAACUUGGCAUAGAAACAUACAAAGUGGAUAUAGUUAAGAGAAGUAUCCUGCAUGUAAAUGGAAAAUCCUAUCCAUUUUUGGGUGCCUUUCCUUCAGUGUGGAAUCCUUUUGUGUAUCUGGAUUUUAACAACUUUUGGAGAACCAUGGAUGAAAUGGGGAAAGAGAUUCCUGUUGAAGCACCCUGGGAUGCCCCACAUGCAGAAGAAUGGGACAAAAUGUCCAUGAAACAACUAAUUGACAAAAUUUGCUGGACAAAAGUUACCAGAGAUUUUGCUCUUCUCUUUGUGAACGUCAAUGUCACUUCUGAACCACAUGAGGUCUCUGCUCUCUGGUUCCUGUGGUACAUCAAGCAGUGUGGAGGAACAACGAGAAUCUUCUCUGUAAGCAACGGUGGGCAGGAGAGGAAGUUUGUUGGGGGUUCUGGACAAAUUACAGAAAAGAUAAUGGAACAACUCAAAGGCAAAGUUAAGCUGGAGAGACCUGUAGUCCGCAUCGAUCAGUCAGGUGAUAAUGUCAUUGUGGAGACAUUAAACCAUGAGAUAUAUGAGGCCAGUUAUGUGAUAAGUGCCAUACCACCAAGUUUAACCCUUAAAAUUCAUUACAAGCCAGCAUUGCCAACAAAAAGAAACCAGCUAAUCCAGCGGCUUCCAAUGGGCUCUGUUAUUAAGUGCAUGAUGUACUACAAAGAAGCUUUCUGGAAGAAGAUGAAUUUCUGUGGCUGCAUGAUGAUUGAGGAUGAAGAAGCUCCAAUUUCAAUAACCUUGGAUGACUGUAAACCUGGGGAAUCUGAACCUGCCAUUAUGGGCUUUAUCCUUUCAAGAAAAGCCUUUAGACUAGCAAGUCUUAGUGUCGAGGAGAGAAAGAGAAAAAUCUGUGAAUUAUAUGCAAAAGUGUUGGGAUCAGAAGAAGCCUUACAUCCAGUACACUAUGAAGAAAAAAACUGGAGCGCAGAACAAUAUUCUGGUGGUUGCUAUACGGCCUAUUUUCCACCUGGCAUUAUGUCCCAAUAUGGAAGGAUAAUACGCAAACCAGUUGGCAAGAUCUACUUUGCUGGCACUGAAACAGCAACCAAAUGGAGUGGCUACAUGGAAGGGGCAGUGCAGGCUGGAGAGAGAGCAGCCAGAGAGAUAUUAUGUACCAUAGGGAAGAUUUCAAAGAAUGACAUUUGGAAAACAGAACCAGAAUCAAAGGAUGUCCCAGCUCAACCAAUUACUACAACAUUUUUGGAAAGAAACUUGCCAUCUGUUCCAGGAUUGUUGAGAUUUCUUGGAUUUUCCUCUUUCUUCACUUCAGUGGCUGCAGCUGGCCUCUUUGCCUUUAAAAAGGGGCUUAUCUUUCAGAAAUGUACCUAAAGCAAUAGUUUUAAUCUUUGCCUUCAUGCUGUGAAUGUUAUUUUUGGAGAAAAGUCUUUCACAUCUUCUUUGGAACACAUGAAACACGUCAAAACCAGUUGGAUCAAUGUCAUUUUAAUGUCUCAGAAUACACAGUAGUGAAGCAAUGGAGGGAUAUGGGUUUUUUUUACAUGGACUUUUUUUGAUUGACAAAAUAAAGUCACUGGCCCCCCCACAUUCCUUUGCUUGUAAGGCGAUCAAACUUUGAAAAAAUUUAAAUACCUCUGGGAAAACUUACACUAGUCUUUUAAAAAAUUAUUGUGAACAAAUGAAUGCUAAAAGCUUAAUUGAGUAGUUUAUUCAGUUAGGUGCCUAUGCUGUCAAAUGGCUGCACUUAGUUUACUGCUAGAUUAAAAUUUCAUAAACUGUAAAUAUAUUUUCAGAAAUUAAGUGUUAAGAUAUGAAAUAUCAAAGAGCUGAACAAAAUAAGCUCAGAAUGUUAAUGGCAGAAGAAGUGACAUAAUAAAAAGAGGAAGGAG